UCCCUUUGGGCACAGGUUGUUUCCAGAUCUCACGGGGACAACUGUCAUUAGCUCCCCUGGUAUAAAAGAGCCUGACACAUAAUUUUCUUGCUUUGAUCACGAAGGAAGCUACUCAAAGCUCUUUACAAGCGAGUGUGGCAAACCAAAUCCUUGACAGUAUUUGGAUGAUAGAAGGGAGUGACAACAGACGUGCUAAAAUGAAAACUAAAGCUGCAGUGGUUUGCAUCUGUGCCAUCUUCAUGGUUUUUCUUAUAGUUGAAUCUUGGUGUGCUCCAAAGAGUAAAAUAAUAGCAAGAAAUUGGGGCCCACAGUCAAUGCUAUACCUCAAAGGACGAUAUGGCAGGAGAUACGCUUCUGAUGAUGAACACCAAUAUUACAAGCUUGACCUAGAGGACUUGAAUGCAAUUUUAAAAAGUUAUAAGAGUUCAACGCCAGUGAAAUUUCUGAACAUCAGAAGAAAAUUAACAGCUCAAAAUAUGGAUAUUAAUGGCUCGGAAUAGAACACAGAUUUUCUUUACCUGCUUCAAACUUGUCAUCAUGCUGCAAAAACAAAUAUGUUAUCUUAAUCCAGUUACUGUAAAGGUCACAGUGAAAAGUCCCAUUAAAGGCUGAUAAA